AUGUGCAUCGCUAUACUUACAACAGCGCACCCUGACUAUCCAUUCAUACUGCUCAACAACCGAGACGAGUAUCUUCAUCGCCCAACAGCAGAGGCAACCUGGUGGCCCUCCCCAGAUACUCAAGUUUUAGGAGGCUACGACCUUCACCGUCCUGCUCAUGGCACCUGGCUAGGUGUGACUCGUCAAGGCCGAAUCGCGGUCUUGACCAACUACCGCGAAGAGAACCAAACUAUCGUUGAAGGCGCACGAAGUAGGGGGUUGAUUCCGAAUGCUUGGUUGAAGAUCGACCCAAAGAAGGAAGAGAGUACAGAAGAGUUUGCCAAGCGAAUGAUAGAAGAAGAUGGUGUAGAGGGCGUGGGAGGGUUCUCGCUAUGUUACGGAUUUAUUCAAGAUGUCGUCAAAGAGGAAGGUAAAGGCCUGGCGAUUGUGAGCAACCGUACUCCAGAUGUUGAUGGCGUGGUCCAUCUCCUGCAAACGGCAGACGAGACCCGAGCUCUUAGCAAUGCUGCCUAUAGCGACCGCAGCUGGCCCAAAGUGACGAACGGAGAAGCCUGGACGCGCACCGCUAUCGCUGAGUCCGUUGCUGCCAAUGAGUCCCGCGAUCAGCUCAUCAAUCGUCUUUUGGACAUUCUGACCACGGACACCAUGCCCCGGCAGAAAGAGAACGAGGAGUGGGACAUGUACCUCAAUCAGCUCCGUUACAGCAUCUUUGUUCCAGCAAUUGGAAGGGAUCAUCUUGAGGAGCACAAGAUGCCUGCGCAUGAGGUGGGCGAUGUGGUCAAGGCGAAGGCGCUAGAUGCUACAAGUGGGUGCUACGGUACUCAGAAAAACAUUGUAGUGUUGUGUGAUCGAGAAGGCAAGGUUACGUAUUUUGAACGGACAUUGUAUGAUGGCGACGCGAAACCGAUCGAAAAAGGCAAAGGAGACAGAGUGUUCGAUUUCAAGAUCGAAGGGUGGUAA